UAGGAAACAUUAAUGGAUGAUGAAGUUAACAUAACAUAUAUAACUCUUGGUGGGCAUGUGGAAUUGCAAACAUACGGGUAUCUGUAUUUUACGAUCAUGUUCAUUGCAUACAUUGUAAUAGUAUCUUUUAAUUUCAUCAUUGUGUAUCUCAUCUGGACAGAGAAAACCCUGCAUGAGCCCAUGUACAUUUUCAUUGCAGCCUUACUUGUAAACUCUGUUGUCUUCAGCACUAAUAUCUAUCCAAAGUUUUUAAUUGACAUGUUAUCUGAAAAGCAGGUCAUAUCGUACUCAGCCUGCCUCUUACAGUUUUUUAUAUUUUAUUCUUUGGCUUGUUCUGAAUUCUUGCUUUUGGCUGUCAUGUCCUAUGACAGAUAUGUGUCUAUAUGUAAACCUCUGCAAUAUCCAGCUAUCAUGACCAAAGAAAGAGUGAGUAUUUUCCUGGUUUUUGCUUGGACUGUCCCUGCUUGUGUGAUUGCAGUUCCAGCAAUAAUGAGUGCUGAUAUGAAAAUCUGUAAUUUCACUCUGAAUGGAAUAUUUUGUAAUAAUUCAAUUUACAAUCUGCACUGUGUGAGCUCAGUUGCACGAUCUGUAUUUGGUGCUGUUGCUCUGAUAGUCACUGCACUUUUCCCUCUGCUCUUCAUCCUUUUCACGUACACUAGAAUACUUAUAAUAACCUCUCGAUGUUCUAAAGAAGUCAGGAAAAAGGCUGCAGAGACCUGUCUACCACAUCUGCUGGUCCUAGUCAGCUACACCUUUUUGUGUGGCUAUGAUGUCAUUAUUGUUCGACUGGGCUCUGAUUUUCCAAAAAUUGUUAGUUUCAUAAUGACUUUGCAGGCAAUUUUAUAUCAUCCUUUGUUAAAUCCAAUAAUUUAUGGAUUGAAAAUGAAGGAAAUAUCAAAGCGUUUGAAGAGAUUGUUCAGUCAAACAAAAGUGAUCUAAUACAUUAAAAGUAUUGUUAAAUUAGAGCCAUUUCCUUUGUGAGUUAAUGCAGAGAUGGUUAAUGGAGUUAAUGCAGAGAUUCUAAUAGUUUGAGAUAUUUUAUGUUGAAAGUAAUUUCACUGUUAUAAAAGUUGAUUAUUUUGAUAAUGUUAUCAUUUGAAAAAGGAACAUGUAAUGCAGUUUUGUUCGACAUGAUGAAGACACAUGUCUAAUCAAGGGUUUUCACCACGUUUUUUUUUUUUUAGGUUAUGGAGACUUUUCACUGGUUUUCAACUGUAGGCAGUUUAGAUACAUAAAGCCUGGUGGUGAUCCAACCUGUAACCCGUAUAUGCAGCAAAUAAUGUAACCACAGUCUGUGGGUUUUGGGGAAAUAUAAUUGUGAAAAGUUGAUUUGAGCAUUUUUGAGUGUUCAGUCAAGUAUGGCUCUCCGAGAACAGCAUUAGUAUUGAAAGGGAUAUCGCGUUGUUUGCAUUUUUAUUAUCUGCCCUAUAACCUGUCUUUUUGUAGAGGCCUUUGGAGCCAGGGCUCAUAUGAGAAGAUAAUCCCUAAGGUUUAAUUGGGGUCUGGAGUUUUUUUUUCCUACCUGCUUCUUCCUGCAACUCAUCUCAUCUCAUCUUCUACUACCACUUAGCCUCAUUAGGAUCACGGGGGUUGUUGGAGCCUAUCCCAGCUGUCAUCGGGUGAGAGGAGGGGUACACCCUGAACAGGUUGCC